GUGUCAUUGAUUGCGAGCUAGCUAGCUGUGGGGUUCUUAUUCCUUAGUUCGGCAGGGGGAGGGCAAUUUCACCCUAUCUAUCUUGCGUGUUGUCGUCGUCCGGUGUUCUGUCGUCUCGUCAUCCUUUAGUUAGUAGUAAUAGUCACUCACCUACUUCGACUUUGUGUGUAUCAUGUUGGUUGUAUAUCCUCAGCGGGACACAAUUUGAUCGCAUUAUGCGCUUCAUCGUUUGCUGCGCAUCGUUCUGUACAGGCCUCGGUCAGUCCAAUCUCGCAGAGCAGGGCUUUUAAGGAUCUGGUUCUCGUUCUUGGCGAAGCUCGCACCAUUAGAAGACUCGACCGGCCACGUCGUCCGAGGGGACCAUCAAUGUCUGCCGGUGAAGAUCGGGGCUAGGCGUCGGUUAGGCAGGCAGGUUGCAUUAUCGCAGGAGGAGUAGUGGAAGGAUCUUAAAUCGUAGCGUUGUUGGGUUUUCUGGAACGAACUCGCUUGGCGGUGUUCAGCGUUGUUGUUGUUGCUGCCGCUGCUGCUGUCCCUCGGGGCGGUGCUUGAGUUGCCGUCCUCGUUCGUUUUUGUGGAGAAGCGCAUCAUGUCGAUGGAAACUGCAGAGUUGGAGCAGAUUGCCGGCCAGCAAAUUGGCUCCGACUCGGGCUUCCUCUGGGAGAGGUUGAGUGAUGAAGUGACGGAGUGUAUCCUGGCCCGUGUGCCUUUGAGCAGUCUAGUCCGGGCAUGUGCUGUGAAUAAACAUUGGAAGGCGAUCAUUCGUUCUUCGGAAUUUGGGAGGCUGUGUGCCGAGGUUAGGCCCAGCAACCCAUGGCUCUUUGUAUACUGCACAAACUUUUUGCUGCCUGGCAAGAACCAGGCCUACGCUUACGAUCCUGAUGCUCACAAGUGGUACACGAUUCCCUCUGUGACCCCUCCGACACACUCCCGCGCAUCGAUGUCAGGAGGGGUUGGAGGAAUCAUGGUUGCAACUAUGGGGGGAACCCAAUCUCGUCUUUGCUAUAAUCACUCUCUCUUCAUUAAGAAGUGGAAGCAGACGACCGAAAUGUGCGUGUCUAGGGAUGCACCCCUAGUGGGGUUUGUGGAGGAAUCUGGAAGCGGUAGCAAUGUUUCUCAAAAGCUGAUUGCCGUUGGAGGAGUCGAAAUGUUCGAGGAUGACGACCUGGCCGUCGAAAUUUACGACACCGUGCUGAAACAAUGGGAGGUCACAAAGAGUCUUCCUGUCGAAUUUAGAGGAAAUAGUUCUCGACACUGGCUUAGCGGGGCCGUUUGGAACCGGAAACUUUAUGUCUUGGAGAUAUACUCAGGAUCGGUGGCUUCCUUCGACCUCUGCACCAAGACAUGGACUCUUGUGCAGAUUUUGAGGCCAAUGACGCCCUCCGGUGUGAAGUACGCGUACCUUCUUAUUUGCCAAGGGCUGCUAAUACUAGCUGGAGUUUGUCAUCCUCCUGAAGGACACGUGAGCUUCAAGCUUUGGUUGGUUGAUGAAUCCGUCAUGCAGUGCAAGGAAAUGGGGGUCAUGCCUCCAGAGUUCUUCGCUAUGUUCGCCAAGGGUGACGGAGAGAAGAAUGUUUUGGGAAUGAAGUGCGUUGCCAGUGGAUCGCUCAUCUACGUUUAUAGCGUCACCCCCGAUGCCGAGUACCCUAUGGUGGUAUGUGACAUCUCCAAGGGUUGGAACGCCUGGCAGCGGCUUCCCGAACUGCCUUCGCUUGGUAACAGAUUCGACACUAUGGUUGGGUUCUGCUCUUCAGUCACCAUGAACUCUUUCUAUUAGUCUGCCUACAAGCUGUACAUGACAUGAUUUUAUUCUAAUCAUCGGUAGUCGCCUCGUACGUCUUGCACGAUGGAGUACAUGUAGGUGUAGCUUAGGACCUAACUACUAUGUGGAUGGAUUGUCUCUCAAUACCAGUUACUUGCUGAUCACGUAACUUUCGUGUGAUAGAUCUUCUGUGUUUAGUGGGAAGAAUGCGUCCUUGGUUAUCCUAUGUCUGGGAAAGUUUCAGGGACAAGUCCUCUGAGAACUGUCUACGGCAUUGCUUCCUGCAGUUUGCCUCAAAUGUGUUCUAAUUGAACUCGCCCUUGCUUUCUCUACAAAGCUGGGUUCGUGUCGUGGAUGUGGUCUUAGCGAACUUAGCUUUCGAUAUCCUCAUUGACGCGCUCUCAUGAAGUGCUCUCUAUCCAUGUACAUUCUCCUCGUAUAGGCGCAAAGUGAUGAUCACUGUCAUCACUAGCUACAAAAAAAAUGAGUAAUGUGAUAAAUUGGACCAUUGGUCUGAAAUAUGUGAGAACAAGUCAAUGGUGGCGGACUCAGCUCUUCAAUGCUCUCUGUAAUGAUGCUGUUUAAAUUGAAUUCAUGAAACAGUUUCUGGGGU